CACGUCAUCAGCUCUAUUGCUGAUCUCUCAACUGCUCAUACUCCCUCCAUUUACUGCUCGCACCCCAGUUCGUUCUAGCAUCGUUCUCGCUGACCACUUGAACGACAUCUCACAAAACCUGUCUCGUAAAAACCAGUGUGAGGGACCGGAUUUUUCCAUACGUCCUUCUCGUGUGUUUGCUGACGUCGACUGUACGAGAAAUCGGUGCAAAGCCUGUUGAUAUUAGACGGAGGAGAUGGCUCUAAGUGUAACAGCAUGGUCGACCUUCCGGCUCAGUUUUGCCACAUUCACUGUUGUUCAAGGGUGUGGUGUGUGGUUACCCGUAUCUAGCCCUGUCUGAGACCCCCACUUAAGGGUUACUGAUUCUUUUUGUUUUAAAAAAAAUACAUAUACUCUUCGUUAUACAUAACGCACACUGGUCGUCUCACACAUGCAAGUAGCUACAUAGAUUACACGCCAAGACAAACAUAUAUUUUUGCUUAUACACCCGAGUGGUUACUAGGCCGCCCACCCCACCGAAAACGGAAAGUAACAGUAGCAGCGGCGGUGACAAGGACGAGAGAAGAUGACUGCCCGAGGUAUAAGGAAGAAACAGAAGGCAGUGUCCCGUUCAGCCAAAGCAGGAGUGCUCUUUCCAGUCGGUCGGAUGCAGCGCUAUCUCAAGAAAGGCACGCAUAACUUCCGAAUAGGUGCAGGGGCGCCCGUUUAUAUGGCAGCUGUUAUAGAGUACCUGGCUGGUACGUAUGUAGCUGAAAUUUUAGAAUUAUCUGGAAAUGCUGCUCGUGACAAUAAGAAAAUCCGUAUAGUGCCACGCCAUAUCUUAUUGGCCAUCGCUAAUGAUGAAGAACUUCACCUUUUACUUAAACAUGUCACCAUUCCUGCUGGUGGGGUACUGCCAAAGAUCCACCCUGAAUUGCUCAGCCAGCAGAAGAGAAGAGGAGGCAAAGCAAUACAGCAACCAUCUACAUCCACUGUGAGUGGUGCAAGUACCUCCAGAUCUGGAGCACAACCACCACCAACAAAAAAAGCCAAGUUGACCAAUGCACAGAAUAGCCAUCCAGAUACAACAACUGCUGCCAGAAAACCUGCUGCUGUUCCUGCAAAUAAGGUUACUAAGACUGUUGAUAGCAAACCAAAAGGUGUCAAAGCUCGAAUAUUAAAAGAUGCUGAAAAUGUAAAGAUGGCUGCUGCAGAGAAUCUGGCUGGAUUUUCGGUUUUAUCUGAGAAGAAACUAUUCCUAGGACAGAAGAUGACAGUAUUGCAAGGAGACAUAACCAAAAUCAAUGCUGAUGCCAUCAUCCACCCAACAAAUUCCACAUAUUAUAUGGGUGGUGAAGUGGGAUCAGCCCUUGAAAAAGCAGGUGGUAAAGAUUUCACCGAAGAAGUAAAGGAACUAGCAGCCAAAGGGACCUUAACGAUAUCUGCUGUUGCAAUGUCUCGCGGCUGGAAUCUGCCUUCAAAGUCUGUCAUCCACCUGAACAGUCCAUCAUGGGGUUGCCACAAUGCCCAGAAGCUUCUCGAGAAGUCCGUGCAAAAUAUAUUUGCCACAGCCGAUAAGAAUCACAUGCGCUCCUUGGCCAUACCACUUCUUGCCGGCACAGUGAAUGGUGGAUUCCCUAAGCACACUGCAGCACAGAUCAUCCUCCGAACCAUCUCGAAUUACUUUGCAUCAGUCAUGUCAUCAUCACUGAAACAGAUCUACUUUGUGCUCUAUGACAAAGAGAGUAUCGACAUCUACUUAAAUGAGCUUGCAAAGCUGGACUAAAACCUUCAGCUGACCUGUUGCCUGCUGAACUUGCUCCUUAUACUUCAUUGAACUCCUUUGUUGUUGUUGUUGUUGUUGACGAUGAUUUUGUUAUUUUGUUUUUUGUUUUUCUGUUUUCUUUUCUUGUUAUCUUGAUGCGGAAACAGGUCUUGAGAGCAGGUGUUGACUAUAAACCUACCUUCCCCCACUCCAAGCUACAGCUGUGGGAACAUACGAGAAUGUACACAUAAAUACACACACAUACACAGAGAUCUACCAUGUGUAUACAUAAGUGUGGUGUGUGUGUAAUUAACGAUCAAGGAGAUCAGAAAUCCAAAGAGCUCUGUUUAGGAGUUAAAGAUAACUAUAAAUUAAAUAGUUAUAUUUGUAUGUGUGUAAGUAUGUGUGUGUGUAUGUUUAUAUAUAUAUUAUAUAUACAUACACACAUACAUACAUACACAUGCACACACAUAUAUGUGUGUAUUUAUAUGAAUGUAUAUAGUAGAUGAAUAGAUGUACAUACAUACACAUACACACAGUCAACAAUACUUGCAUAUCCAGAUUCACCCACAUAUGUAAAUGUUUGAAAUACUGACCAUAAUAUAUUAUUUA